GAAGCGCUUGAAGAAACAGGUGAAUGGUUUGUUUGAAGUUGUUGAUGGUUUGACUGAUGAUCUGAUGAGUCAUGAUCGUCAGGUUAAGAUAGUAUUAGAUGCAACAAACGCAAGCAAACAGAACACAGUAGUAUUGGAUGAACUUGUAAAUAACAGAAUUGAUUGUGCAGUGCAGGUUACAAGUGAAGGAAGUGUUUGAGCAACAAAUUGAAAUGUUCAUCGUGCUUGUGUAUGACUACAGAUUAAAACAGAUCAGAAGUCUAUUGCGGCAUGUUUUACAAGAAUGAAAGUGAGAGAGGACAGCAGUACAAAAGAUGUCUAUGACAAUCUUGACGUGAUUAAAGGUUUUCAAGAAAACAUAGAGAUGAAACUAUCACAGAGACCACAAUUGGCACAGUUAACUUCAUACAGUCACACAUUGAUAGAAGGAUUGGGAACAAGAGUAGCCAAUCUCAAGCUUGCGAGGAAAAAGGCUAAGACAGAUCCAGUGGAUGAUUCUAUGGCAGCAAAAGAUGAUGCAGUUAAGGUGUGUAUCUACUAACUAUUGAUUUUAUGAGGUUAUGGGCAUGACUGCAGGGAUUAUGUAGAUUCAGUGGGCUAAAUUGGACUGGGCGCACAAGAACAAUAGACCUGGUAUAUUGAAUAAGGUUGUUAUGCUGGGAAUAGAAGACAAGGAUAAGUUGGGACAUACUUUACUUCACUAUGCUGCUUACUAUGGUAACUAUGAUGUGGUUCGUAUUCUGCUGGAGAACAAUGCAGAUGCGGAUGCUGCAGACAAGGAUGGGAAGAGACCUUUUGAUUUUGCAUUGGAAAAAGGUCACAUGUCAACAGCUGGUCAGUUAGUGUUGACAAUGCAAUCAGCUGAACAUCUUGCAUUUGAGGGUAUCUCUCAGCUGCUGCAGUGGGCAUGUGAGAAUGAAGUGGAUGUUGCAACAAAGAUUGCAAAGAAGUUUUGUCAAAUAGUGGAGAAGAAGUCUGGUCGAACUUUACUUCACUUUGCUGCUCAACUUGAUCAUCGUGAGGCAGUCGAGUGUCUGUUGGAGAAGAAUGCUGAUGCAGAUGCUAAAGAUAAGGAUGGAUGGACAGCUCUGCAUUUUGCUUGUUGGAAUGGUAAUUUGUCUAUUGUGGAGAUAUUAGUGUCAGCAGGAUGUGACAAAGGAGCAAGGACUAAUUAUGGAUCAACACCUUUACAUCUUUCCUGCUCAUCAGUACCCUGUCGUCAUCUGCUAAUUGUCAAGUUGUUGAUAUCAUCAGGAGCUGAUGUGUCAGCAGUGAACAAGGAAGGACAAACACCAUUGCAAGCUGCAGAAAAAGAGUUGCACUCAGAUUAUCAUUCAAGUAGAGAAAUUCGUUUUCGUAUUAUUUCUCACCUAAGAAAAUUGAAUCGUCAUCCACGUGCUAUUGAUCGUCUCGGUCCAAUUGUUAAGGCUGAUUAUGAAGUUGCUGUGAAAAAGGGGAAGUUGCCAAUAAUGCGAGGGAACAUUGACAUGCUUGGUGAAGAAGAUGCAGGCAAGACGACAUUGGGAGAUGCUUUUCUAGAUCAGCCAUUUAUAGAGAAGAGGGAAAGUACGGUAGGAGCAGACGUGAAAGUGAUGAGAACGGGAGGCGGUCCAAACAUGAACUGGAAGGAACUGAAACCAAAAGAGAAAGAAGACAUCAUUGAUCAAGUUCUUGUCAGAGGCUUUCUUGCAAGACAACAACAAGUUGAGGCCCCAGAGCAGACACCAGACGACAAUGGAGAGGAAGCUAUUGGAGAGACAAUCCAAGAAGCAGAACAGCAGCCAGGAGGUAGUACCAACACGGUAGCUUUACCAACAGCCAGACAAGCAAGUAGUAAAGAAGGCAACACGACAGAGUUGAGGAAGCCGCUACGUGAUUUGUUGUUUUCUAAAGAAUUAACCGAGGAGCAAGCAAAGUUAGCAGAGGAACUGCGUCGUGACAAAGCUGCAUUAGAAAAAAGUGAAAAUAUGAUGUUGAUCACAGUGUGUGAUCGCGGCAGUCAAGAGCAGUUUCUGAUGACACACGCAGCAUUGAUGGCAGACAACAGUCAGGACAGUGCAACCGCUUACAUGAUAGUGAUGGAUGGAACAAAGAGUCUUGCAGAUCCCAUACCUCAAUGUUUGUUCCGACCAGAACAAGGAAGCGAGCAGUUGGUCGUGCCACGUUUUGGCCCUACAACGAGACGUGAGCUGUUGGCUUACCACAUGAAUGCCAUCAAGAUGGCACAUCCAGUAAUGGCUUGUGGUCCUUUUCUUGGUCAGGAUUAUGUCAAGCAAGCACCAGUUACAUUCGCCAUGUCGACAAGACAAGACAAAACAAAGGACAUGGAUCCAAAAUUCUUAGACGAACAAGAAGAAAUAUUGCAAGACAUUGUACAGAAGAAUGACUUUGGUGGUCACACGGUGUUGGCAGAGAAAAACCCAAACAAACUGACUUUUCGUGUUGACAACACACGAUCAGGCACUGGCAGUCCGGAUCCGGUGCUAACGAAGGUGAAGGAGAUAUUUGUAGCAAUGGUGCGGUCACUGUCAACGAGUCAACGAGAUGCUAUUCCUUUGCCAUGGGCAGUUCUCGAUAAAUUGUUGAGCAGAGUGUCUCAACUGGAUGACAAUGAAGGGAAAAUACUGGACAUCGAAGAAGUGUGUGAGUUGGCUCGAAAAUUCUGUGACAUUAUGACACGAAGAGAAUGUCGAUCGGCACUUCAGUAUUUAUCAAUUUUGAGCACAAUUGCAUUUUAUUCUGAUGUGAGUGAGUUAGAUAAGAAGGUCUUCACUGAUCGGCAGUGGCUGGUCAAUGUUCUCACUGUCUUUGCUACCGUCCUGCACAAGCAUAACAUGCCACCAAAUCUUUGGGAAGAUUUGAAGAAAUUGAAGGAAGAAGGAAUGAUGUCUUGGUCAUUGGCUCACUAUCUGCUGCUGCAGAAAGGUGUCAAGGAAAGUCAGUUUGAGUCCAUCUUGUACCUGCUGCAUCUAUUCGACGUCAUCUGUCCUAUGAGCACAUCACCGGAGAUGCUGAAGGCUGUUCUGAAGGUUGGACAGUCAUUCUUUGUUCCUUGCUUGCUGGAACAGAGAUAUGAUAACAAGUUGGCAUGGCAACAGCUGGCCGGCUCCACUCGAUUUCCUCCCUCUCUCAUAUUUCGUCCUGAUGGGUUUGACACGACUCCCGAGCCGAUCUACUUUCGCUUGGUGUCUCGUUGUGCCACUGAAUAUGCCCAUCCUCGUCCCAAACUGAAAAGAGGUCAUGCUGUCUUUCAUGUGGAUGAUGAUCUUGAGCUUGAUCUGGAACUGGUUUACCAUGAACUGCAUUACAUUAUUGCCACAGUAUAUUCUCCUCAUCAAGUGUUUUCUGGUGAUGAGCUGAAACAUCAAUGUAGCAUCAUUCGUCAGUUUCUCAUUCAUCAGCUGAAUGAGGCCAAGAAACGAGGAAUGGAUGGCUUCAAGUUCACUUUAUGUGUUAAGCCUCCUCUAACUGAUGCUGAAGAUGCCAAAUCAAUAGAUGAUGAUUCUCUUGUGUGCAUUGAUAAAUAUCCACAGCAAAAGGGUUUGAUAAACCAGAAGAAUGAUCAUGUGCCACGAGAGCAGUUUCCUACUUUGGAUAUCUGGUUUAGUGAUUCAAUGAAAGUCUCAGAUAUUAAGGCUGCUCUUUUAUCGGAACUUGAUGAUAAAUUGAGUGCUGACCAGUUGGUCAAAGUAGCUCGUCAAGUUGCUCACAACUGGGAGGAAUUUGUCGCAGUUCUAUCACCAACAAUGUUUUCUGUAGCACAAAUUGGUGUCAUACAUGACACAUACUCAAAACCAUUCUCUAGGGCUCACGCUGCACUCUCUCGGUGGGCUGACAAUAUGGACAAAGCAGCAACACGUCGUUUGGUAGUUUCAACAUUUUUGGAAAUGGGCAUGAGACAACAGGCAUCUCGUAUAUUUAGAGAUGACUUGGUAGAGGUUAUUAGUCAGGGUGACUAAAUAUAUGUUAAUACAUAUCACAUGAAAAUGAGAGAAGAUAAUCGACAUUCAAUUUUGUGGUCAAUUUGCAGCAAAGUAUGGUUGCAACGUUUGCUAAUAUCCCAUGCUAACGGGCAACAGCAAGUU